AUGGAGGCACAACAGGCCUCUGCUAGGGGUCAUCUCAAUUCGCUAUGGAGCGAGAAGCGAUUGAUCGCCAUUUGCUUCUUUAUCGCCUUGGCUCAGUUUCAGUAUGGGUUUGAUUCAGCUGCUGUUUCUGGCUUCCAGUCCAUGCCUGGCUUUCUCAUCGUCUUUGGUUACCCCACGAACCCAAUCGGCUACAACAUCACCACCAAAGUUCAGACUCUUCUACAGAGUCUCAUCAGUCUCGGUGCCCUAGCAGCAUGCAUCCUCAUCUUCAACUUUGGUCGUUUCAUUAGCCCUCGAGUCGGCCUCUGGAUCGCUUCGCUUUUCGGCGUAGUCUCAGUCGCUGCACAAAUGGGAAGCACCCAUCUCGCCGCAUUAUACUUCGGACGUAUUAUGCUUGGAUUCUCCAACGGCUUCUACAGUACCUUUUCGGCGGUCUAUAUCGGAGAGUCGACACCGGCGUAUCUUCGAGGUGCGGCUAUUGGCUUGGUCGUCUUGCAGAUUAAUAUCGGCGCUCUUGUCGGUAUUGCUGUUGACAAUGGAACGCAGGGCAUGCUCAGUCGCCUGUCAUACCAGAUACCCCUUGCCGUCAUGUUUGUCGUUCCAGUCAUGAUGUCCGUAGGACUGAUAUUCCUACCAGAGACGCCUCGCUAUUACAUUUCCAAGGGCCAGGACGAUAAGGCCGAGGCUGCGAUUCGCAAGCUACGGGGUAUGACUGAUGAUGAUAGAAUUCGUGAGGAUAUCAUUAUUAUGAAGAAUGCUUGGCUGGAAGAGACUGAGAUGCGAUCCACUACUCGGCUGCUUGACGCUUUCCGUGGCACAGACUUGCGACGCACUCUUCUCAGCAUUGCGACAGCUGUUGGUCAGGCUAGCACUGGUAUCUACUUCAUCUCGGCCUUCUCGGUCUUCUUCUUUGUCCAGGCUCGAAUUGGUUCACCCUUCAAGUGGGUUAUGGUAUCUCUCGCCAUCGCCCUCACAGGAAACAUGCUGUCUUUCCCCGCCAUACGUUUCUUCAACCGCCGACAUCUCCUCCUUGGCACAUCUCUCCUCAACGCAGGUCUCAUGUUGGGUAUGGCGGUUGCCUACACGGUCUCUCCCGUUGGGUCUCCUACUGCUGGCAAAGUCCUUGUCGGGCUGAGCAUCGUCUUUACCUGGAUUUAUGGUAUCGGCCAAGGUCCUGUACUAUGGGCCCUGCAAACCGAGAUACCCUCCCAGCGUCUGCGAGCUCAGACAGUUGGCUUCUCCCAAGGCACAAGCUUCUUGGCUUCAUGGCUGUGCUCGUAUUGUACGCCGUACUUCAUCAACCCUGAGUCUCUCAACUGGGGCCCCAAGUAUUGUUACAUCUGGGCGAGCAGCAACUUUAUCCUGGCUGUCUUUACAUACUUCUUUAUCCCUGAAACCAAGGGCCGAAGCUUGGAGCAGCUGGAUGAGUUGUUUGAGAAGAGGAUAUCGGCAUGGAAGUUCAAGCGCUAUGUCACCGAUCUGCAGCAGGCUGAUACAGAUAAUUAUGUGGGCCGAAUGGAUACGAAUGAGAAGGCGGGGGUAGUUCAGGUUGAACAUAAGGAGAACUGA